AUGCAAGAACACGCUAAAGGCAAGCAAACAGGGGGGAGAGCAUCAUAAGAAACCUAACCCUCACUUUAAUUUCAAAUCUAGAUAACUUUUGAUCCGGAGCUCCGAUCAUCGCACCGUUUGCGGCCACGCGUCCGCGGCGUCGAGCUCUACAAAGUCCAAUACAUUGUUAGGAUCAAAUUAACUUGGUGGACUUGCUGGGUCUUGUCCCGAUUUCUCGUUGGUAAGGUGCAUGUAAAUAUGUGAUAUGAAGCAAUUAGAUAUGUUAGGAGCUUAAUUGGAAGCUGGGAGUGAGUUCUAGUUGCUGGAUUUUGGUGAUCGAGGCUUACAAUUUGGCCUUGUGGGUUGCCUUGGACCAAACGCGGUGAUCGGCCAAGGAACCAAAUGGCGUCUCGUGGGCGCGGUCGUGAGUACAAUCAAGGUCGAGGACGGAGAGUUAAUGAGGUAAUCAUACCAGUAGAUAGUUUGACUGAGAUCGUGACCGCAAUGACGAGUGUCGUUGCUGCCAUUGGUGCUGUUGCUGAUGUGACCAUCCGAGUGAUGGAUGGGGUGGAAUCACAAGUUGGAACUGGCAACAAUGGUGAUAAUGAAUAUGAAGGUGGACAUAAUAUUCCGAGUCAGGGGGUACCAGUGGGUUAUCCAGAGCAAGUUAACACAGGUCAGGCAAUGGGAGAAAGCUCAAGGAGGACUGAGGUAGCAGGGAGUAAUCGCCGAGAACCCUUCACAAAGAGAAAGGGAAAGAUUACACCUAGGAGUCAGAAUUUCAAAAAGAAUCAUUUUGUCGCUUCACACUCUCAGCGCCGGAACAAUGACCGAAGGAACGACAACCGUCUGGAUCCGAACAUAGAAGGGCAAACCAGUACCCAACCGGAUGACUUAAGAUGCCCAAGAUGUAAGAAGUACCAUCCAAAUAGACCAUGCAGGGCCGGAUUAAGUGUAUGUUACAAGUGCGGAAAGCCGGGGCAUAUAACUCGAGACUGUCUAUAUAGAAAGCGCCAGAAUGCAGCCGAAUCCGAUUCUCAGACCUGAGGUAACCAUGAACUAGCAGUUGAGUUUUUAGCUACCUUACAUAUCAUUAAUAUAUAAUAUCCAUUUGUGAAGCAUGACAAGUUUUGAUGAUCAUGGAGUAUGAGCCGAUGGUUAGUCGAAGACUAUUAGCUGUUGAGAUGGGGCGAUACUUAGCUAACUUAGAUGAGUGUCUAGGUUCUUGAAGGAUAAGAAUCAGAAUGACAAAGUGGAAGUAGGGUGGAUUAUACUUAAGGAAUUGGAACUGUCGAGAGCUAUGCGGAGUUACCGUUUGAAAUCCAGUGACGUUAAAGACUUCGAGGAAGAGGAAUAGAGCAGAUUUAACCUUUAGUUGCUAAUUGAUUAAGGGACAAGUAAAGGUGAGACCAAAUUUCUAUACGAGAGAAUUUUCGAGACCAUUUUUGAAGAUGUACCAGAACUUCCACCUUAGAGAGAACGUGAGUCUACGAUAGACUUAGUGCCGACAGCCGGAUCAGUGUUGAUUGCACCACGAGUGAAGACAUCAUUAUAAUCAGUAAAACUCAGGACCGAGUUGAAGGGAGUAUUGGAAGAGAGAAUCGUCCAACUAAGUGUUUCUUUUCGAGAGUGCACUAACUAAUCUUCACGACUUAAUCUAGCCUUUCUCUUAUAGCUUACAUUGAAAACUCUAUCUUGAGUCUUUCCUGUAAAAGCCCAACUCGUCGUUCUUCUGAUUCUAUUCCUUACUCGUAUAAGGCUUGUCUCUUUUGGAAUAAGCCUGAACUCGUCCUAAUAUAAUCACGUAACCCUUGAAUUCUAGAGACCUGCGGUGCGUGGAGUUGCUCUCUUAUGGAAAUCGCAUUCCUUUAAAGUCAACUAGAAUCUAUUCAAUUCGACUUGCCCUAUUCUUUCUAUUCAAGCUUUGAUUCGAACUUCUUCCCUGAGAUGCAACUAGCAGGUUUCUUUUCAUGUGCAUUCCAUUAGAAAUUAUUGAACUUGAGCUAGUGUUAGAAAUUGUGAGCAUGAAUUGUUGGUAUGAAAUUUGUGUUCUUGAAACCAUUAAUGAAGGGUUGAUAUAGGUUGAUAUAGGUUGAUAAAGGGUUGAUAAAGGGUUGAUAUAUGUGAUGAAGGGUUAGUAUAUGUGAAGAGUUAAUAUAUGUAAAUGAGAGGUUAUUUAUGUAUGUGAUGUAUGUUGAUAUAAAUUGGUGGUUAAAGCUUGUUGGAUUAGUUAAAGGUAAA